UGUGUGUGUGUGUGUGUGUGUGUGUGUGACGGGGUUAUAAUUAGGAGCAGGCGAGCCCUUAGUGCUGACGGGGCAGCGAGUCCAAAAUAAGCCGUGACGGCGGCCGCCGGACGCAGCGAGGGACGGACGGGUGGAGCGGAGCGAACCGCUGCUCAGCGAGGAAGCAGCUACCAUGGCCAGCAAAGUGAUAGACCUGAUGUACUGGCGGGAUGUGAAGAGGACGGCCGUGGUGUUCACGGGACUGGUGGUGGGCCUGGCGAGCCUGUUCCAGCUGAGCCUCAUCACCGUGGCGACCCACUUCCUGCUGUCCGUCAUGGCCUUCACCAUGUUCGUACGCCUGCUCUGCAAGCUGCUCCACCUCGUACGCCUCAUCGACGCCUCGCACCCCUUCCAGUCGUUCCUGGACGAGGAUCCCUCCCUGACAGAUGACAUCACCAUUCGCGUGGUGGAAACCAUUGUUCUCCUGAUCGCCACGUCUGUCACAGAGAUAAAGAGACUCGUGUUCAUUGAGAACAUGAUGGAUUCAAUCAAGUUCCUGGUGUUGUUGUACCUGUUGUCCUUCGUAGGUGUCCAGACCAACGGCCUCACACUGAUCAUGUGUGCGGUGAUCUGUGCCUUCUCUCUACCCCUGUUUUACCGGCUGCAGCAGGGACGCAUUGAGAGGAUCGUGACAGCAGUGACUUCCUCUUUAAACAGAGGAAAACUAGUCCUUAACAGCAUCUAUGAGCUCGUCCACCCCCCUCCUCCACCACCUCCUGCUCUGACUCCAACGCUGUCACUGAAGGCCAAGCUGAAGAGCAAGUGAUGAGGAAGGAUGUCUCAGACGAGGGGGGGUGGGGGUGAGGUGUGUGUGG